AUGUCCGACCGAGACGACGAACAUGCUGCGCUACUCUCCGACGAACUCCUUCCUCUCGCUUCUGGUCACGGCGACCACGGCGCGUCAGACUCCGACCCAUACGCCAUCGUCGAAAACCGGGUGAGGGCCGCCAUGGCUGCCGAGCAUGCCAUGACGCCUCUGGAGGCCAUCCGCGCCUAUCCAUCCGCCAUUUUCUGGAGCUUGGUGGUCUCCAUGUGUGUCAUUAUGGAAGGUUAUGACGCCAUUCUCAUCGGCAACUUCUUCGCCUACCCGGCCUUCGCCGAGAAAUAUGGCCAAUUUAUCGACGACAAAGGGCAGUGGCAGCUCUCCGCCGGCUGGCAGGCCACCCUCGGCAAUGCCAGCACCAUCGGAUGCUUCGCCGGUGUCUUCCUCAACGGCUUCCUCGUCGACACCUUGGGCCAGAAGCGCGUCAUUGUCGCCUCCCUCGCCCUUUUGGCCUGCUUCGUCUGCAUGACCUUCUUCGCCGACAGCAUCGUCGUCCUGAUGUUUGGCCAGCUCUUCUGCGGCGUGCCCUGGGGCAUCUUCGCCUCCUCCGCCCCGGCCUACGCCUCCGAGGUCCUCCCCAUGUGCCUGCGCGUCUACCUGACCUCCUGGACGAACAUGUGCUUCAUCAUCGGCCAGCUCAUUGCCGCCGGUGUCCUCGCCGGCCUCGUUUCCCGCCCCGACGAGUGGGCCUACCGCAUCCCCUUCGCCCUGCAGUGGAUCUGGCCCGCCUUCCUCAUCCCCCUCCUCCUCUUCGCUCCCGAGUCGCCCUGGCAUCUGGUCCGGAAGGGCCGCAUCGACGAAGCCGAGAGCUCCCUGCGCCGCCUGCAGAGCCGCUCGGCCAGGAACGUCAGCGUCGGCGCCACCCUGGCCAGCAUUAUCCACACCAACGAGCAGGAGAAGAAGAUCACCGCCGGAACCCGCUACAGGGACUGCUUCCACGUCAUAGAAUCCCGCCGGACCGAAAUUGCCUGUGUCGCCUUUGCCGGCCAGGUGCUCUCCGGCUCCGCCUUCGCCUACAACUCGACCUACUUCUUCCAACAGGUCGGCCUGAGCACGGAUCAGAUCUACCUGCUCAACAUUGGCGGCACCGCCAUGUCUCUGGUCGGCACCCUCGUCAACUGGUUCGCCCUCAUGCCCUACUUCGGCCGACGCCGCAUCUACAUGAGCGGCCUGUUCGCCAUGAGCGGCAUCCUUUUCCUGGUCGGUUUCCUCAACAUAUGGAACCGGCACCCCGCCAUUGGCAUGAUCCAGGCCUUCCUCACCCUCGUCUGGACCUUCACCUUCCAGCUCUCCCUCGGCCAGCUCGGAUGGUCCAUCCCCGCCGAGGUCAGCUCCACCCGCCUGCGCCAGAAGACCAUCUGCCUGGCCCGCAGCGCCUACUACAGCGUGCUCAUCUUCUCCAACGCCCUGCAGCCCUACUUUAUGAACCCGCAGCAGCUCGACCUCAAGGGCUAUGCCGGUUUCUUCUGGGGCACCACGGCCGCCGCCGUCCUGCUCUGGGCCUUUUUCCGCCUUCCCGAGACCAAGGGCCGGACCUAUCAGGAACUGGACUGGCUCUUUUCCAACAAGACGCCCACGAGGGACUUUGAAACGGCCGAGGUGGCCCUUUUUGACGAUGGCGAUAAGGUGCCGUCAUUGCGCGUCCAUUAA